AUGUCUCCCGCAUUCGCUGCUCGCACCGCUGCCCGCAUGGCCAUCCAGCGCAGACAAUUCUCUCUGCUCACCAACAUGCGCAACGUCGCUCGCUCCUUCGAGCCCCACCCCUUCCAGAGAAUGUCCCAGACCGGUGUUCAGGCAAAGCCCUACUACGGUGCCAUGCUCAAGAAGCGUGCUGCCACCGCAGGAAUGUUCUUCCCUCUCGCUGGCUUCAUUCUCGGAUGGCCCUACCUCACCUACCUGAUGUUCGAUGGCCGCAUCUAA